AUGGCGAUUCAAACUCACUUCACUCUCAACACAGGUGCCAAAAUCCCCGCCGUGGGUUUCGGUACAUGGCAAGCGAAGCCUCUCGAGGUUGAAAACGCUGUUGAAGUUGCCUUGAAGGAAGGAUACCGCCACAUUGACUGCGCUGCUAUCUACCGCAACGAGACAGAGGUUGGCGCAGGCAUCAAGAAGUCCGGCAUUCCCCGCAAGGAAAUCUUCAUCACGGGCAAGCUCUGGAACACCAAGCAUGCUGCUAAGGAUGUCGAGUCAGCGCUUGACAAGACAUUGAAGGACCUUGGUGUCGACUACGUUGACCUGUACCUCAUGCAUUGGCCCGUUGCUUUCAAGGGAGGUGACAAGUGGUUUCCCUUGAACGAGGACGGCGUGUUUGAGCUGGAAGUCAACGACUAUGUUGCUACCUACAAGGCAAUGGAAAAGCUUUUGGCGACUGGGAAGGUCAAGGCCAUUGGUGUCUCCAACUUUAACAUCCGCCGACUGGAGGAACUGCUCGGCCAAGUGUCGGUUGUUCCUGCAGCCAACCAAAUCGAAGCACACCCAUACCUCCAGCAGGCCGAUUUGUUAAAGUUCUGCCAAAACAAGGGAAUUCUCGUGGAGGCUUACUCUCCUCUCGGAAACAACCAAACUGGUGAGCCUCGAACUGUCGACGAUCCUCUCGUCGCAGAGGUCGCCAAGGAGACCUCCAUGGACCCCGGUCCUUUGCUCGCCAGUUGGGGUGUCCAGCGUGGAACUAUUGUCCUCUCCAAGAGUGUGACACCUUCUCGCAUUGCAGCCAAUCUUCAAGUCCGCACUUUGUCUGAUAAUGCGUAUGGCAAGCUGAAUGGCCUUGAGCGCCACAAGCGGUUUAACUUCCCAGCCAUCUGGGGUGUUGAUAUCUUUGAGGAGGCUGGUGAAGAGGCAGUUCGCAAGAUUGCGGUGGCGGCUGGUCCUGCCAACAAAGAGAAAUUUACUGUGUAA